AUGUCGAAUAGAUCUGCGUCUACGGCGUCCGUUACAAUUCCUGUUCAGAUUGAUCAAACCGAGAAGAAUGUAUCAAAAGAAAUUGGCCAAGACCCUGCUUCUGCCCCCGACCCUUUUCAGGUGUUCCUCGAGCCAACAGAACAUCCUCAAAAUCUGUCUUCUUUAAGGAAAUGGUUAGCGGUCAUCGUUAUCAGUUCGUCGGCUCUUUGCGCCACUUCGGCGUCUUCAAUCGCUUCAUUUACAGAGAUCGCGGUGGCUGAGGAGUUCCACGUAUCUCAUGUUGUCACGAUUCUAUCAAUUUCGCUAUUCGUGGAGGGCCUUGGUGUGGGGCCCUUGCUUGUUGGUCCAUUGUCCGAAGUGUACGGCCGGAAUAUCGUGUAUCAGGUGUCUUAUACGCUCUUCUUUGCGUUUUCCUGGCCAGUUGCUUUCGCUCCAAACAUAGCGGUGUACUUAAUUUUCCGAUUCGUUACGGGUCUUUGCGGCUCUGCCUUCCUCAGCGUCGCUGGAGGUAGCGUAAGUGAUUUAUUUUCUGACGCGAAUGUCGCAAGCCCGAUGGCGCUCUAUACGAUCUCCCCCUUCAUCGGCCCUGUUCUAGGACCUCUAAUCAGUGGAUUUAUCAAUCAAAAUUUGUAUUGGCGCUGGACAUAUCGCGUUCAACUGAUGUGGAUAUUCGCUCAAUAUUUGGCACUAUUUCUGUUCGUUCCAGAAACAUACGUCCCUGUCCUCCGAAAAAGGAAAGCAGAAAGACUGCGUAAGUCGACUGGAGAGUUAAGAUAUUACGCUCCGCUAGAGAAGUCAGAUCGUAGCCUUUUCGUGGCAGUUCUAGUAAGCUGUUAUAAACCGUUCCAGCUGAUCCUCUUCGAUCAAAUGGCGUUGCUCUUGGAUGUUUGGUCGGCUCUUAUCCUUGGGAUUUUGUACCUCACGUUCCAAGCAUUUCCCAUCAUAUUCGAAAGCGGCCAUGGCUUCAAUAUGCAAUCUGCCGGAUUGACAUUCCUUGGUAUCGGCUUCGGGAUGAUGCUCGCAAUCUCAACUCAACCCUUGUGGAAUAGGCAUUUUCUCCGACAGCGCCAGAAGUUCGAAGGCUCCCCUCCUCCGGAAACGCGCCUCAUCAUGGGGCAGGUAGGCGCUAUCCUUGUUCCUGUUGGUUUGUAUUGGCUGGCUUUUACAACGUACCCACACGUCCAUUGGAUGGUACCCAUUAUCGCAUCGGUCCCUUUUGGCUCCGGCAUUUACUUUGUCUUCACAUCUACAUUCACGUAUCUGGUGACAGCUUACCGCCCUAUCGCCGCGUCGGCCAUGGCAAGCAAUAGCGCGCUACGUUCCAUUUUCGCAGCUGUUUUCCCACUGUUCGCUGGCGCCAUGUAUUCAAAGUUGGGAACGGUGGGUGCGACAGCGCUUCUCGCCGGCCUAACCACCAUCAUGGCGCCUUUGCCAUUCGUUUUCUAUCGUAUUGGACAUCGUUUACGACAAUCGUCACGCUUCGCAGUCCACUAG